GACCAGGGAACUUUCCAUCUCACUUGGCCUUCCGAACGCACAUGGCCAGCACCGGCAGUGCCGGGAGCGGAUCCAGUGAAGAAUGGCAAGGCUGAGGGGAAGGCAACUAGCUACAUCAACGAAGAUGGUGGCAAGUCCUAUUAUCCUCGUGCUAAGAAAGGCCAGACACAGCCGGACAGCGAAGGUCCACUUUUGGCCGCCGGCCCCCUGUGCAUUGUCAACCUACCCACUGGCUGGUAUUCGGAUUCACAAGACCCGAACAUGGUGCAUCAGAUGGCGGUGUUCCCACACAAGGUGCACGGCGGACUGCAACCAGUCUUAGCGAUCCUUUCGCAUAGCGAGAAGGAGACGCUGCUUCAGUCGGCCGCUCUGAUGUGCAGCUCUCUUGGCAAUGGGACAUUUCAGGAAGAGGAAGAUUUACAGCAGUGGAUGGAGGGAGUGCCCGGGCCAUGGUCGGAUCAAGGCUGGACGUCGCAUGUUCUGAUUGCCGUGGGUGGAGAACUUGACGGUCUCUGGGUGGUGGGUGCUGGAGCGCGAAAACAGGCACGUCGCCGCGCGGCCAAAUUGGCCAUGGUGGUGGCUGAGAAAGCGAGUCGAAACUCCACGGACCUUGACUGGCCUGAGCUCCAGCGGCUGGUUGAGCGGGCGAUAGAUCUGAUGGAACAUGCAAGGGCAAAACAUGCCCGAGAGGUUGAAUUUCCCACGCCCUUGACCUGGCUGAUGAAGGAAGCUGAGCCAAUUCCUAGCAUUGAGGUGCCAGAGCCGCCCAUGCCACCCGCGGCCAUGGAGGCUUCCUUCUUGCCGGUUGACGUAUGAGCUGUGGCUGGAAACACCCCAUGGCAUCAAUGGAUGGUGCCAGAUGCAUAGUUUGCCUGUUGUGUUGGUGAUGAGUGUUUGAC